AUGUCAGCAUCAAAACUCACAUCAGGCGCAAACAAGACUACCUCGUUUGACACAGAUAUUGGAUCCCUGCCUUCAACACCCGACGACUUCCAACCUCGAGUCAUAUCCGAACGAAUAUUCAUUAUCGUCACUUCUGUGCUAGCUGCCACACUCAUCUUGACCAUCCUUAUUGGAUGCGUACACUUCAUUCGCCGACGACGCCGGCGGCAACAUGGCAAGAAUCGCGAACAACAAGAUAUUGAACAAAGUCUACAACGAGCUCGAAGGCCAAUACUCACCAUAGAUACUGAUCUAUCACGCGCAAAAGAUUUGACUAGGCCUGCAAUCAGAGCCACGUUACCGUAUUUGCCCGGGCACAGUGAGGUACUAUCUGCGCCGUUGGUUCAGGUCAGGACUGCUCCUCCAAGCAUAUACAGCUCUGGAAUGAGUGCUUUCGGCCCAGCAAGAUUCUAUAGCGCCAGCAGAAAUUCUUUAAACUCACAUCUGCCUGGUGUCCCUGGCAGGAAUAUGAGAAUGCCUGUGCAUCAAGACACUACAUUUCAAGAGAUGAACUUCAGAGAGUGCACGCAGACCCAUAACCCGUAUGAUAUGGGACUCGACCGCUACAUUCCCAGCUCUUCUCAACGACAGUAUCUAUACAUGACGUUAACUUAUCCGGAUAUCGUGGCUACUGUGUCAGGCGUACUGCUAUUAGUCAUUGGUUUAAUCUGGUACUUCGUCCACCCAGUCAGCCGAUUCACCUUUUCACGUCGGAGAUAUCCAUUGACUAUACGAGACGAAGAGAAUCAACUCUUUUCCACAUCCAGUAAUCGCCUCUCCAGCAUCGGUACUUUCGAAACUAUUGGUAAUCUCAUAAUCUCUCCAGGUCGUCGCCCUCUUCCCUCGGCACUAGACAUCGUCAAUCAUGUAGGGAUGGCUAUUGGUCUACCAGCAAGCGCAAAGCCAGUAAGAUUGAAAGACGUUCCAAGAGUAUCCUUACGUCUACCGCCUGUGACGCCUAUGACCCCGACAACAAAAGUCAACAUCGUUAUGAUGGAAGCUGAAGCCAAAGCUGGAUCCCUCCACACCAGCAACGAUGCUAUGCUCAACACAGCUACUUCGGGUCGAGCAUAUUCCGUACAUCUUGGAACUGCUCCUCAAGCACGGAACAUCGAGAACCAAGCUGAUAUUACUUCGCGACGUAGGGAACCUACUAUUGCCAUGAAAAAUCAUGACUUCGACCUUGGUCUGGAGACCUGUUUGGAUGAGCCCUUGGGGGAAAUCCAGGAUGUCUUUGUCAUUGGUCAUGAUGACGAUAAUGAGCCUGAACAAGUUGAUCUUGCUGAUCACAAGAUAGCUUGUGGCUUCGGAUCAGGUAGAUCUAUGGCAGCACUCUAUCAUGCGGUGUAA